AUGUCCAUUGGUAGCCACUACCAAAAUCUCAGAGUGAGCCGCUCAGCUUCAUCAUCUGAGAUCGAUGCCGCACAUCGUCUGAUCCUCUCGCAAAACCAUCCGGAUAAAGUGCAACAACUUGGCCCGUUCGCACGGAGUCUGGCAGCGCAACGGGUCCAUCUAGCCAACGCGGCGUGGGAGGUACUCUCAAACCCGACAAAACGGCGCCAUUACAACAUGGAACUAGCCCAUGAGUCUGAACAACAAGAGUCCUGGAGGAGACAGCGAUAUGCAGGUUCUACUCCCCACAAGCCUAAAGCAACUUCACAAGGGAUGGAUGAUUCUACUGCUUCUUCGGAAUCUGAAACUCCCCCCGAGGAUAUACAUAUCGACGAAGAAGAUGGUGAGGCAGACGACGAAGCUGAUGACCCACACUGUAUAACUGAGUACCUGAGAGCCGAAUACCGCUACGGCAACACGCCCAUCGCUACCGACGUCGAUGUCACCAUCAGCGGCUGGCGCAUCCGCCUACGCAUCUCCUCUAAAUUCCGUUUCCUAAACGACCUUACUGAGCUUUCCGAUCCUAGAGACGACUCACAGAUGGUAGGCUUCGAAAUCGGUCUCCAACGCGCCCGCGAAGUGCACAGUAACCUAGAGAACGUGAUCCCCGAACUCACCAUAGACGUGGAAAUUAUCCCUAGCAAAUUGCGUGUAAGCGGAUUACAGGCUCUACUACGGGAGCUUACUUCAGGUUCCUGCAGCCUUGUUGUAAUGAUCACUGCAAAUCGUAGCGUAUGGCACGAAAUGCCUUGGACGUUUGGUCUGGACUUCGAUAUGAAUCAUUUGGUAAAGGGUUCGUUGAAGCGCGGUACUUGUACGAUUUUUAGUAUCGAUGAGCCGGCUGAGCAUCUGCAAGCAGGGCAAGGACUUGAUACCCCGGAGUGCGUGUUGAAGUGGGACAAGGCGUUGAAAGCAAACAGAUUCCAUCAUCUCGGUGCCGCUCGAGUGGGAAUAUGUGACUACGGUGGUGUGGAGAUGUGGCGGCUGUCAGCUGUAGGGUAUAGAGUGGGGUUUUAA